AUGCAUAAGUUAAUGAGCGAACAAUUAAGUCAAUCUGUCAAACAAUUAUCAAUGUCUGAAGAAAGAACUUUUAUUGCAGUCAAGCCAGAUGGUGUCCAAAGGGGUCUAGUUUCUGACAUUAUUGGUAGAUUCGAACGUAGAGGUUAUAAAUUAGUUGGUCUCAAAUUGGUGCAAGCCACGAAAGAGCUAUUGGCCCAACAUUAUGCUGAACAUGUCAACAAGCCAUUUUAUCCAAAGAUGGCUCAGUUCAUGUCCUCCGGUCCUAUUGUUGCCAUGUGUUGGGAAGGUAAGAAUGUUGUCAAGCAAGGUAGAGUAAUGUUAGGUGCUACAAAUCCAGCAGACUCUGCUCCUGGUACUAUUAGAGGUGAUUUUGGCAUUGACUUAGGUAGAAACGUUUGUCAUGGUAGUGACUCUGUGGAAAGUGCUAAUCGUGAAAUUGCUCUUUGGUUUAAACCAGAAGAAUUAAUCAAUUGGGAAUCUAAUCAAGCUAAAUGGAUCUAUGAAUGA